AUGGAAGAAGAGCUUUUUGCUCUUAAGAAAAAUGAAACCUGGAUUUUAACUCAACUUCCAAAAGUUUCAAAAUACAAAGCGCGUUUGGUUGCAAAGGGUUACAAUCAAGUAGAUGUGAUUGAUUUUCACAGCAGCUUCUCCCCGGUAGCCAAAACGCAAUUUGAUGUUAACAAUGCAUUUCUUCAUGGUGACAUUGAAGAGGAUGUAUAUAUGAUUCCACCUGAAGGUUAUAAGGAUGCAUCUCCAAACCAGAUUAAUAAAUCCUUUGUUACAUUAUUGGUGUAUGUAGAUGAUAUCUUAAUUGUUGGAAAUGAUUUAGACAAAAUUAAUCUGAUAAAACAAUAUCUUAAUAGGAAAUUUUCUAUUAAAGACUUGGGCAAUGCAAAAUAUUUUUUAGGACUGAAAAUACAUAGGAAAAAGUCUGGGAUAUAUGUUAAUCAACGAAAGUAUAUUUUAGAUAUUAUGGCUGAUACAGGUUUAACUGGUUGUAAACCAGCUACCGUCCCAAUGAUUAAAGGUGUAAAAUUAAACUGCAAAUCUAGUUCUACUUUGAAUGAACCAGAAAAGUUUAGAAGGCUUGUCGGGAGAUUAAUAUAUUUAAAUUUUACACGACCCGACAUUGCCUUUAGCGUUCAACAGCUAAGCCAAUUCAUGCAUGAACCACUGCAAAUACAUUGGGAAGCAGCCCUUCAAGUAGUGAGAUACCUGAAGGGGACACCUUCUUUGGGAUUAUUUUAUCCUAGUAAUUCUAACAAGUUACUUGAGAGUUUUUCAGAUGCAGAUUGGGCGACAUGCACAGAUAGUCGACGAUCACUUACAGGAUACUGUAUAAAAUAUGGUGAUGCAUUAAUCGCAUGGAAAACGAAAAAACAAAACACAGUUUCUAGAUCUUCAGCAGAUGCAGAAUAUCGUAGCAUGGCAACCACUGUUUGCGAACUUAAGUGGAUUUCUUUUUUACUCAAAGACUUGCAGAUUCCAGUACAACUACCAAUUCCAUUACGCUGUGACAAUCAAGCAGCGAUUCAUAUCGCCGAAAACCCAAUCUUUCACGAACGAACCAAGCACUUGGAUAUAGAUUGUCAUCUCGUUCGAGACCAAUUUAAACAAGGGUUCGUUCUUCCACAACACGUGUACUCAAAAGUCCAACAAACAGAUAUUUUUACAAAACCGUUGGAGCAUACCGCAUUCUAUUCACUUAGAGACAAGAUGAAUCUAAGAGAUCUUCAUCUUGAGGAGGGGAUCUUAGAUUAA